AUUCGAUAUCGUACUAAUUUUAGUAGCUAAACAUCUCACCAACAAAGCAAAGAAAAAUUGUGUGUAAUAAUGGAUAGCCAUCGUCACCUGAGUAUUGCUCACUAUUUGCUUCUUUUGCUUUUGGUCUCUUCCUGCAUGCAGAGUACUACUAAACUCUGUUUCUGUUUGGCUGGUGAUGAAAUUUCAAGCAGUGUGAAGACAAAUUCAUGCAUUGACGAAGAAGGACAAGCGCUUCUCGUCUUUAAACAACAUCUUGUUGAUCAUUCUGGUAGGCUUUCGUCUUGGGUGGGUCAUGAUUGCUGCCAAUGGGAAGGUAUUUCAUGCAACAACAGCACUGGUCAUGUCGUGAAGAUGGACCUCCGGCAUCCAUAUGACUUUUUUGACGGUGAUAUUGAAGGGUGGAGAAAUGCUUCUUUGGGAGGUAAGAUAAAUGCUUCUCUGUUGAGCUUGAAACAUUUAAAUUACCUGGACUUGAGCCAGAAUGUGUUUGAUAGCAAUCAAAUUCCUAAGUUCAUUGGGGAGCUUAAAAGUUUGCAAUAUCUCAAUCUCUCCUAUGCGUCAUUUGGAGGAGAGAUUCCCUCUUCUCUCGGUAACCUGUCAAGCCUAAAUUUUCUUGAUCUCGGGUGGAAUGACUUAUCUUCCAAAAAAUUGAAUUGGCUUUCUCACCUCACUUCCCUGAAAUACAUUAAGCUCAAUGGCAUUAACCUUAACAGCACAGGAGCCAGUUGGGCAUAUGAUAUUAACAUGCUUCCUUCAUUGUUAGAGUUACAUUUAUCUUCGUGCCAAAUUGAAAGCAUUCCACUCUCACUGCAGAGCAUUAAUUUCCUUCCACUUUCACUACAGAGGAUUAACUUCACAUCACUGUUGGUCCUUGAUAUGUCGUCUAAUGGCAUUAAAAAUUCUUCAUUUCCCGGCUGGUUUUUUAAUCUUACCAACCUCGUAACACUUGAUCUAUCCGGGAAUGAUUUCAGGGAUUCUUUUCCAAGUGAAUUUUCAAACUUCAAAUCUCUGGAAAAUCUUGAUUUAUCUAGAACACGCUUAAAAGGUCAAAUUCCUAAAGUCAGUGGAAAUUUGUGCAAGCUAAAAGUCUUAAGUCUUUCAGGGAACUACUUUGAUGGGGGGAUUGAAGAGUUUUGGAGGAGUCUCUCAAAUUGUCCAAGUAAUACAUUAGAGUCACUAGAUUUGUCUUAUUGCCAGCUUGAAAGCCAAUUGCCGGUCUUUUUAGGAAUGUUCAAAAGUUUGCAGAAUCUCAACCUUGGAGUAAACAAUCUGUGGGGCUCAAUUCCAGAUUCCAUCGGAAACUUGUCAUUCUUGAGAACACUAGACCUCAAUUCUAAUAAUUUGUCAGGCUCAAUUCCAGAUUCCAUCGGAAACUUGUCGUCCUUGAAAACACUAAACCUCUGUGUUAAUAAGAUGAACGGCUCAAUUCCACAAAGUAUUGGACAGCUCUAUGAGCUAGUUUCCCUAUUUCUGCAUGGUAAUUCAUGGGAAGGCAUUCUAACAGAAGCCCAUUUCAUAAAUCUUACCAAAUUAGAAGAUUUUUUAGUAGGAAAUAUAGACCGACCCACGUCCCUCAUUCUCGACGGGGCUUAUGACAGGGUUCCUCCUUUCAAGCUCUUCACAAUUUAUAUCAUAAAUUGUGGGAUAAGUCCUGGUUUUUGGGUAUGGCUUCAAACUCAAACUGAACUGUCUGAUGUUAUCCUUAUGGGUAAUGGAAUCUCGGAUUCCAUACCAGAGGAAUGGUUGUUGAAGAUAUCUUCCCAAGCUAGCCAUCUAGACUUGUCUUACAAUCACUUUCAUGGAAACUUUCCAUCCCAUUUGAAGUUUCCAAAUUUAAUGUCUAUUGAUUUGAGUUAUAAUCAGUUGGAGGGUCCACUACCACUUUGGUGUUUCCCUAAUGUCGAUUCCCUUUAUCUAGAAGGCAAUUUAUUUUCUGGGCCAAUCCCCUCAAAUAUUGACCAAAUGAUGCCCAAGUUGGAAGAAUUGUUACUUGAUGAGAAUCAUAUGAAUGGCACUAUUCCUCCCUCUAUUUGUAACAUGCAGAAGUUAAAAAUCCUGUCUCUAAGGAGGAAUCAGUUUUCUGGAGAACUCCCUCAUGCAUGGAAUAUGGAGAGCAUUAUGGUGUUUUUAGAUGUUGGUCAAAACAAUCUGUCUGGUAAUAUUCCCACUUCAUUGGGGGUACUACGUUCCUUGGAAAUUUUAAAGCUCAACGACAACAAUUUUGGCGGUGAAAUUCCUGAUGCCUUGCAAAAUUGUUCAAGUUUGAGGAGUAUUGAUCUUGGAGACAACAAGUUAUCUGGGAAAAUACCUCUAUGGAUAGGAGGGUCAAACGUAUCUAAGUUGUCUAGGCUACGAUUACGGUCCAACUAUUUUAGUGGAUGUAUUUCCCAACAACUGUGCAAUCUUCAAGGCCUUCACAUCCUUGACCUUAGUCACAACAACCUUUCAGGUACUAUUCCCAUGUGUUUGGAUAACUUAACUUCACUAGUCAAUGAUGAUUCUUCUUCUUAUGAAGCCGAUUAUGAUGUAUGGGAGCAAGCCACACUGACUAUAAAAGGAGAAGAACUUGUGUACAACACAACUCUGUAUCUUGUAAAGAGCAUUGAUCUUUCAUCAAAUAAUUUACAAGGUGAAAUCCCUGAAGAAAUAAGCAGCUUCAUUAUGUUGGGCACCUUGAAUUUGUCCAUGAAUCAAUUAAUUGGAAAGAUCCCUUCCAAGGUCGGAAACUUGCGUUGGCUUGAAACUCUUGAUCUCUCACACAACCACCUUUCGGGACAGAUUCCUCAAAGCUUGUCAUCUUUAACCUCUUUGUCCCACCUGGACUUGUCUUACAACAACUUGUCUGGAAGAAUUCCUACUGGAAACCAGCUUCAAACGCUCAAUUUUUCGUCCAUUUAUGUGGGCAAUCAAUGGUUAUGUGGAGUUCCUCUCUCAACUAAGUGCCCUGAAGAUCACACUUUUAUUGCUAAGGAUGCAAAGGAGGAGAAUGAAGAUGGAAAGGAUAAGUUGUGGCUCUAUGUCAGCGUGGUACUUGGCUUUAUCGUAGACUUUUGGGGCGUUUGCGGCACAUUGAUCUUAAAGACAUCGUGGAGGUAUGCCUAUUUUCAAUUCUUCGAUGACAUCAAAGAUAAGGUAGCACUAGCAAUUGCAUUAAAAGUGGCUCAUUUCAAAAUGUUUUUAUUCUGAAGUUUGAUUGCCCUAAUAUAUAAUGUGAUGUUUUUCCCCUUCUACUUUGUGUUUUGGUACUUGCAACAUAUGUAUUAAAUAAAAGAAUCCUUCAGUAAGUAUUCCCACAAACAAUUAUGUAACGGUUAUCCAUUUAAUACAAGAAUUCUAUCUAGUUUGUACUUAUGAAUCGCAUAAUACAAUCUACCUAUGUAAUGUUGCAAUUUAACAAAAUAACAUUACGAAGUAGAUAAGCACACGUGUGUAUUCUUCUCUUUUACACUUGAAUGUCGUCCAACUCGGCGAGUGGUAGUCCACCUCUACCGCCUUCUCGAUGCUGCCAAAACCAUACAAAAAUGGGAGGAAGAAUUGGUGGUUCGAUAUCGUCGAGGGUUUUCUGGGAUUCCUGUUCCUUGCAGAGAGAGAGGUGGGAGAAUUCGAUGGCGUCUUCCGGGUUCCUGUCCCUUGCCGAGAGAGAGAUGGGAGAGGUAUUUUGGCGUCUGUUGCAGAGAGAGAUUAGGGGGUGGGUCUAGGGUUGCACAGAGGGUGGGUGGGCGAUUCAAUUGAGGGGCUAGGGCUAGAGGGAUGGGGGCUCCAUCUCUAUUCUCGCUUGCUGAAACUAUCCGCUCUUCAGCUCCGGCCCCAGGUGCGUGAAGGCGACGUGGACCUGGUCGACGGUGUCUUCAUUCACAAUUCCGGUCAACAGUUCUGAACCUCUGGCGAUUCCGACUGAGAAAGAGGUCAAUAACAGCAAGGUGCGUGAAGGCGAAGUGGUCCUGGUCGACUGUCUCUUCCUCCACAGUUCUGGACGAUGGUUCCGAAGCUCUGGCGAUUCCGACUGAGAAAGAGGUCAAUAACAACAAGUUGAAGAGGAUCCUGCUGAUGCUGAACCUAAAUUUAACCCUUUUACUGGAUCUGGAAGACGCUUGGAUGGGAAGCCUUUGAAAUAUAAGCCAGCACCGGCUUCUUCCUUAGGAUCCAAAGACAAGAAACCUGCAGUCACCAAUAGAAAUGCACAACCUUCUACAGGAUCUAGUUCACAAGCUACCAGUUGUCAGGCUCGGGGAAAACUUGUUUUCGGAUCAAAUGCCAGUCGCUCUCCAAAGGAGACAAAAAAGGAAGCUGCAAAAGAGACUAAGAAAGAGAAGCAGCCGGAAGUGAAAGAAGACACCCGAAAUUCCAGCCUUUUAUCAACUUUUAGUCAGGUUCAAAUUUAGAAUGCAUUUGUACUCAUGAGGCAUUGGGGUAAAAUAGCUAGGGGAUAACGUUUUAGUCAGGUACAAAUAGCAACUGUUUUUUUUGUUUUUGGUUAUUUUUUCAUGUAGGGGAUAACUUUUUGUUGUUUAUUGAAAGGAAUAUUAGAACACAUCCACACCCUAUUUUGUCAAA